AACACACAAUUAUUAUUAAUGAAAUUAUUCACUUACAGUUGCUACCGGCAACCGGAAUUUAUUUCGCAUACGCUACGCAAUCUCACUAGGAAGCGAACACCAGCUGACGCUUGUGAACGGUUAGAAAUGCGAGACAACUUGAAUAUCAACGUGUUACCCAUCGUUCAAGACAACAUGAAUUACACACCGAAGAUGAGUCUCACGAAUCUGUCCUCAAACGGCUACUACGGCUAUCAGCCCCCUUUGGAGAAACAGAAGAAAGAAGACACUUGUUUUAUGGAAGUGCAGUUCGAAAGCCCCCCGAAUCGGAAACGUGCUUGGGAAUUUGGCACCGACUUGAGAGAGUUUAAAAAAAGGCGCCAAAAUGAUUGUAGUCCUUUCGUCUAUCAACAAUCCACGAUUCGAACCGAUGCAAAUACGUUACGAAAACCAACCCAUAAUAUCCCCGACAUGCCCCGAUGCAUCAUGGGCCACUUUAUUUAAAUUUAUUUAUUAGUAGAAUAGAAUGUUUAGAUACUAUUUUCGAUUUUUCUCUUUCCUCAGAAAAAAAAAUUGCCCGAAAAAAAAACCAUUCCGAGGAGUUAUUUGAAGAAUUACUUAGAGAAACGCACGGUUCGAACCUCUACAACUAUUGGAAAAGCGAUGAUUUAUAAUUUUUUGUGAGGAAAAUCGAGCACAUUUUCACGCCAAAGAAAAGUUUCUUUUCACUGGUUUAGAAAAUGUCUAAUGUUUUAUGUACAGUUUCGAGUUUGAUAUUUUUGUAUUAUUGUGUGAAAUAAAACUUGAAGGGUU